AUGGCAGCAUUCUUGGAUAUAGAAGACACCUUUAACAAUUUAGCAUAUUUCACGCUGAUCUACAAUAUCUGGCAUCCAUUCUACGUGAAUCUAUUGGGCAAAAGGUUUGAAGAAAAUCCAAAUGAAUUUCUCGGCGUGGAUACGUUUUGCUUUUGGAAUUUAAUGUAUUCCAAUAUAUUGGCCAUUUGUGCGUUUUUGGUUACAAUUAAAAUAUUUAAAUUCAUUAGUUUCAAUAAAACAAUGAUACAGUUUAAUGUGACCAUACACAGGUGUUUUCGUGAUCUCUUGGGCUUCAGCACCAUGUUCGGUAUUGUCUUUCUGGCCUAUGCUCAAUUGGGUCUGUUAUUAUUCGGCAGUCAAUACCACGAUUUUCGCAACUUUUACGAAUCAUUCCUAACAAUGAUACGCAUGAUUUUGGGUGACUUCGAUUAUGAGAGCAUCGAGGCGGCACAUAGUGUAUUGGGUCCAAUCUUCUUUCUCACUUAUAUAUUCUUGGUUUUCUUCAUUUUACUGAAUAUGUUCUUGGCCAUUAUUAACGAUACCUAUAGUAGUGUGAAAAGUGAGGUUAAGGGAGGCCGUAAUUAUUUAUUAAUUUAUGUACGUAAAUUGUUACAUAAAUGGUGUCCGAGAGGUUUCUGUGCGCAGCCGGAGGCGGAGGAUGAAACAGAACCAGAAGAUAAUCAGCCAAAACUUUCCAUACGCAAACAUGCUGUACCAGACUAUUUCGAACCCGUCGGACAACAAGGAUCACGAAUGCAAGAUACAGACUCCUUGACGAUUAGUCGGUAA